AUGUGUUCUUGGGGGCGGGUUGAAGAGUUGAUAGAUUUGCGGUGGGAGCGGCUGCGCGGAGGAGGGCUGUGCGCGGCGCAGGAGCACUUCUUCUUCAAGCGCGCGCCGGCCGCGCAGACGGUGGUGGCCGGGCAGCCCGCGCGCCUGCAGUGCCUGGCGUCGCGCGCGCAGGGCCUGCAGUACCACUGGCAGCUGGACGGCGCGCGCCUGCGCAACUCGACGCGCGUGCAGCAGGUGGGGCCCGACCUGCUCAUCCGGCGCGUGGACCCCAUGCGCGACGGCGGCGACUUCACGUCCUCUCGGGAGGCUAAAGCCCCUCGAAACGGCUGGGAGGCGCUUCAGAGGGACGGCAGAAAUAGUGGCUUGAGAGGUGGGAGGCAAGGAAAAGGAUUCGUCGUUCAAUAUUUGGAGAAAAGAAAAGCAACUGGAUAA